AAAUCUAUAAAAUUUUUUGUAAAUAAUUAAUUAAAAGCAUAUUUUGAAUUCAUUCAGUAUUAUUAAUAAUAAUUAUCAUAUCACAAUGAUUAAUAAGAUGUGCUUAAAUUCAUUCAAAAAAUUAGACAUUUUUGGAAGUGAAAUUACUCUAAAUUAUAAUAAAGAGAGCUUAUUUAGGACUCCAUUCGGAGGAAUUGUAGCCAUAAUUUGCAUUUUAACGCUGGCUUUACUGUUUUUUAACAAUAUUCUUACACUAAUUGGAAAGACCUAAGUUACUGCAGUAUCUUCUAUAAUUUAUAAUCCUAAUCCAGAUGUUUUUGAAGUAGGAUAUAACAAGAUGAUGAUUGCAGUUAAAUUUGAUCAAGACAACUUCAUACAAAGACCUAAGAUGAAUAUAACAUUUGAAAAAAGACAUUAUAUCAAAUAUGAUAAUGGAACAUAUGACUAAUAGAAAGUCCCAGUUCCUUUAGAACCAUGCACAGUAGAGCACUUUUAAGAUCUUCCUAAUUAUAAUAUAAAUUGGGAUGAUAAAUUUUAGUUAUCUGGUAUAGAUGAUUACCUUUGUCUUUAAAAAGGUUAAAAUUUUAAGAUCGGAGGAACUUAUGAAAAUAAGGAUUUCUAUCAUAUUAAAUUUAUAUUGAAGCAGUGCUAAAACCAAACAAAUCCAGUAGAAUCAUGGAAACCUGUAUGUGAUACACCUGAAAAUAUAAAUAAAACAACUGAAGAUGUUCGCAUUAAAUUUUUACUUUCUAAUACUCUUUUAAAUCCAGAAAGUACUUAAGCUUCCAUUUAAACAUUUGUAGACACCCUAGUGUUCAAUGUUUAGCCUCAAAAAAUGUAUACUACUGCUAAUAUAAUGCUUAACGAAUAAAAAGUGAGAACAGAUGAAAGUGUUACUCUUUUUAAAGAUAUUUAAGAAACGACUUUUGUUUCGUUUAAGUAAGGAGAGUUCAAACAACAAUUUUCAGUAGGAAAUUUUACAAAAUACAGUGAAAUAUUCUUUCUAAGGAGUAAUUUUUCGACAACCGUUAAAAGAACUUUCUUAAAAAUAGAUUAAGUUAUUAGCUACAUGGGUGGUUUUUGCUAAAUAUUUCUUUUAGUUUCUGCAAUAAUAGUUAGUUAAUUUAAUGAGUAUGUCUAUAAUAUUGAAUUGGCUAAUAAAUUAUAUGAUUUUGACAUUCAAGAUAAAUCUAAAAAUCCAUAUAAACCUCUUGCAAAAAACAAUACUUCUUCCUCUUUCAGACUUUGUGUUAAAUAAAAUAUUUCCUCAAAUACUCCUGCGAAGUUUUUAACAGAAGGAGAUUGCACAUCAAAAAAUAACUAGAUCUAAAAUUUAAGAUUUAAUUAAAUGUAAGACUCUCCGCAUAAAUUAAAGGGUAGAAAUAGCUUACAGUAAAAAAAUGAGAUUCAAGAUUAAAAUAAUGAUAACAAAAAUACAAAUUAUUUGACAAAAAAAACAAUACUUAAAGAAGAAAAUGAAAACAGAGAAUAGUAAUUUUAUUUCUAACAAAACUAAACAAAAUAAGAGUCUUAAACAAUACUAAAUUUACAUAAAGAAGAAGAUAACUAUUCAACUUAAAGACUAGAUUCAAUAAGACCUAUUUGUUUUUAAACAAAUAAUUCAAAAGUUAUUUAAUACUCUAAAUUUAGCUCACAAAGAGAGAUCCCGCUUAUAAAUUUAGAUAAAAAUGGUUCUUCAUAAGUUAAUUAUGCACAAUAGUUAAAGAAUUGUUAACACUAAUUAGAUCAUCAAUUGUAUGAUUAAGAUCAGCAUUAAGAAAUAGACAUAGAAAAAAUUAAUAUUGAGGUUAAUAAAUAGUAACCUUAUUAAAUAAGAUUGGAAAAACCGAGCAGUAAAUAUAACUUGAAUACUAUUUCUUCAGUGCAAAGAGGAAGCUUAUUUGAUGUACAAUCAGAUGGAAUAAUUAAUACUAAAUUUGAUGAGUAAGAAUAACAUUUUACUUAAGUCUAUGGUCAUAGCUAAAAUAUAAAAAUGAAAUAAGAAAAAGUGUCUAAUGAUAAUAAAUAAUUCUUAGAACAAGAGUUAAAAUACAUCGUUUAAAGAGAUAGGAGCUUGUGGUUGAAUAUAAAGUAUUUCAUAAACAAGAUUACGUGCGGGAAAUUUUAUAAUACAAAUGAAGUGAUUUUGUUGAAUAAAGCUAUUGAAAUGGUCAAACAAGAUUUAGAUAUUUUUAAUAUCCUUGAUCGUUAAAAAGAAAUUGAAAAAUUCAAAAAAUUAUUCUUAACUCCUGACUAGCAGGUUUUAUUCAACUUCUUCCCUAAACCAUUAAUAAAAGCCAAUAAAGAUGAAGUAAUUUUAACUAGGUAUUCUUUAAAGAAAGAUGAUAAAUAGAAAUCAAUUGACUUAACAAAGCUAAAAAGAAAUUAAACAAAGAAACUAAACCUAAAUAUAAAAAACUUAGCUGUUCUCUCUAAAGCUGUAAUGAAAUUCAAGCAAAAUUUAAGUGGCUAAAAAAUUUCUGACUAUCAAGCUCUUUUUAAUUGUUAUGAGAAAAUUAUGCAGCAAAACAGCUCUGAAGUUGAGAAAAUUGUAAAUAAGAAGUUAAUUGAAUAGCUAGGAAAUGAAAUGAAGACAAUAUUUGAAGUUGCUUAUAUGAUGAAAAAUAAAUCUCAUGAAAAAGACUAAAUUUGUUCAUUUAACAGAACAAUUUAAUAAGUAGCUCCUUCUCAACAUAAUAUUUUUAAUCCUUCUAUAUUUAAGAACAUUAAUAUAUAAUAACAAAAUGCUUCGAGUGUAAAUGAAAGCAUACCAGAAAGUAGCGACUGUUAACAACACUAAGAUUUAAAUUAAAUAUAUAAAGAAAACAAUGUACCUAAUGCUUGUGAAACAUCUAUAGAUAAAGAAAAAUAGAACUAAUAAGAGUUUCAAAAAAAUUAGGAGGAUAAAAAAAAUAUUGAAGAAGAAGUAGUAGAAGAAAAUAUGGAUAAUUUAAUAUUAUUUGAAUAAGUAGAGCAUGAUCCUAAUUAAGAUAAUGAAAGUCACUCAACAGAAAAAGAAAUUGAAAAUAAGAAAUCUAAUUAGCAAUGAAAUGUUAAAUAAUUAAUUUAGCUAUAUUUUUUAUUGUGAAUCAAUAAAGAAUGGAUCAAAAAACAAUCAAUAUUUAAAUUAUACUUAUUUAUAACAAAAUAAUAACUCUUUUCUUUGUUUGUCUGAUUAAGGUUUAUAUUUAUUUACAUUGCUAAUUUUAUAAAUUCAUUUUUAAAUAAUAAAAUAUUACAAUGCUUUUAAUUACCUAAUAUAUUUUGUCUAAAAAUUUAC